AUGAGUUUUCGCUUGAUUCUUGACAUACAGGAUCAGAUGAACAUAGUUAGGCGACUACAUCGAUCUGCUCGUCUAGGGUCGGAUCUUGUGUCUGGAUUCAAACUAAAAUGUGGUCUUGAAUUACAUACCCAACUCAAGACGGAUUUCAAGCUUUUUUCCUUGUCUAAAACCAGCUUUAAUGAACCUCCCAAUUCUUCCAUCAGCUAUUUCGAUGUGGGGCUUCCUGGUACUAUGCCCAAAUUGAACCCAGAGGCGCUCCGAUUGGCAUUGAGGCUAGCAGUAUCACUAGAUAGUGAUAUAAACCUCAAUUCGAGCUUUGAUCGUAAACAUUAUUUUUAUCCAGAUCAGCCUCUUGGCUACCAGAUCACCCAACAUUACAGUCCAAUUGCCACAGGCGGAUUUUUGAAGCUUGAUAGUCGGUAUGAUGGCAUAGAAAGUACCAAGAAGGAUAUACGCAUAGAACAAAUUCAACUAGAGCAAGAUACUGGAAAGACAAAUUAUGUCAAAUUCGAUGGAGAAGUACGAAUAGAUUACAACCGAGCCAACAUUCCGCUAAUUGAAUUAGUUACCAAGCCCGACUUUGAGACGAUCGGAGAGGUAGUAGCGUUCAUCAAAAAGUACCAAACGCUUGUGAAAUACCUUGACGUUUGCACCGGUGACCUUGAAACUGGUGCCAUAAGAGUGGAUGUGAACGUCAGUGUAAACGGAGGAAAUCGAGUAGAAAUAAAGAACUUGGGGAGUACGAGCGAAGUUGCUGAAGCACUAGGUUAUGAAUAUCGUCGUCAAAUUGAGUGUCUUAAAGAAAACGUUUCUAUCUUGCAAGAAACUCGUUCUUGGGAUGGGAAAUCCACCACAGCUCUGCGCUCGAAAGAGGAUGCUUUGGACUACAGGUAUGUUCCUGACUCGGAACUUCCAGUUAUAAGGUUGCAUUCUGAUAUCAAAAAACAAGUUCAAGAGUCUCUUCCUCAGCUUCCCGAUGCUGUAGUUGAAAAACUCAUCGCCAGCCCGUUCAAUAUUGAACUCAAACAUGCACAAUUCCUUGUAAAUAACAAGCAUGUUUUGUCCUAUUAUUACAAUCUCAUAGAAUCCAUCAAGGACAUCGAUGUCAAGCGAGCAAACAAUUGGCUCUUUCAUGAAGUUUUCGGGGCAUUUUCGAAAAAUAAUCUUGCUUUUGAUCCUGACAAGAUUUCCCCAUCAUCUUUGGCCCGUUUAUUGCAUUUGAUAUUCAUUGAAAAAUCCAUCACCUCAGCUUCGGCGAAGAUUCUUCUUGGACACUUGGUUACUGCGCCUAACAGUAUGGAAAUUGAGCAAGCAAUGGAACAAUACGAUCUAGGAAAGCCUACUGGUGUAUCAGAAUCAGACAUCGACGAAAUUGUGGAUGAAAUUUGUACUGAAAUUAUCGCUGCAAAUCCAGACGUUAUCAAGCGUAUUAAGGACGGAAAGCACAAGUCCAUCAACUACCUUAUUGGCCAGGCAAUGAAGGAAACCGAGGGGAAAGUUAGUUCGGAUAUCUUUGCAGCACGGUUCAAAGCUUUGAUUGGUACAUAA